UCGCCCAGGAAGUCCCACCAAGCCCCGGUUCGGCUGCACGGAUGCAACCUCCUUGGAGCAGGGAGGGGCAGUUUUGCAGGCUCAACCGCUGCUGCUACACCAGAACCAGCCCCAGGACCAGAAGGACCAGUUGCAGCAGGCUCAGGACCAGCAGGACCAGUUGCAGCAGCCCCAGGACCAGCAGGACCAGCUGUAGCAGCCCCAGGAUCAGCAGCUGCAGCAGCAGCAGCAGCAGCAGCAGCAGCAGGGUGUAGUUGCCUGCAAUGCUCCCAAGACCCAAGACCUUCAAACUGCGGGCCCUAGACAGCCAGAAGAAGUAUGGGGUGGCGGGCAGGAGCUGCAAAGAAGUCCUACGGAAGGGCUGCCAGAAAUUCCAGCUUCCCUUAUCCGACUGCCGACUGUGUUUGUACGAAGAUGGGACAGAGCUGACCGAAGGGUAUUUCCAGAAUGUUCCGGACAACACGGAGCUCAUGGUCCUGACGGCAGGACAGACUUGGCAGGGUUACAUCAGCGACAUAGAGCGCUUCCUCAACGUGUUUUACCACCAGCAAGAGGACGUCAUCGCAGCCGCACGGAAGCUGCUUUCCGACGAGCGGGCUCCUCUGCGCCAGAAACUCCUGGUGGAUCUCCUGCAGAACAUCAACGAAAAUAUCUCGGCUGAAAGCAGGGAAGAGGACGGAAAGUGGUUUGAAGGUUUAGAAUCUCGAUUUAAGAAUAAAUCUGGCUACAUGAGGUACAGUUGCGAGAGCAGAAUCCGGAGCUAUAUGAAAGAGGUUAACACUUCCGCUUCGGCUAUUGGACCCAAGGCUCAGGCGGAAUACCUGAAGAUUAUUGGCUGCAUGGGAGAGAAGCUGAAAGCGGCCCAGUACAACGGCGGAUACUUCGACAGGCGAGAAAAGAGGGCCCGGCUCUGUACGCCCGAAGGCUGGUUCUCUUGCCAGGGUCCGUUUGACAUUGACAGCUGCUUGUCUAAACAUUCCAUCAACCCUUACAGCAACAGAGAGAGCAGAAUCCUUUUCAGCACGUGGAAUCUGGAUCAUAUAAUAGAAAAGAAACGCACCGUCGUUCCGACCCUGGCAGAAGCAGUUCGGGAACAGGAUGGAAGAGAAGUAGACUGGGAGUACUUCUAUAAUCUCCUCUUUACCUCAGAGAAUCUCAAAUUAGUGCACAUUGCCUGCCAUAAGAAAACCAGUCAUAACCUCAGCUGUGACAAAACCAGGAUUUACAGAGCCAGGGCAGCUGUUCCCCAGAAACGCAAGUGAACUGUUGAGCAUCCCUUGCUAGACUUUGCCCGUGACGUGGGGGGAUAAAGCCGUAAAUUUACUCUGUAAAAUAGAGAAGCAGCGUGGCUCGGUGGAAAGAGCCCGGGCUUUGGAGUCAGAGGU